AAUGGCGAAGUGAAGGGUGUUCUAGAUGRACACUUCGCAAAUUUACCUGUUAUUUUAGUCCUAUUYCUACMAUGUAARCAGUCCAAAAACCCAACAYAUAGAAGUAGAUUCAUAAAAAUAGAAAAUGAAYUACUUUAAAGGGUUAGUUUCUAACRUGCGUGGAUUUUACAGCGAGAUAAACUCAGCGACUUUGACUGGAGCCAUUGAUGUGAUAGUCAUACGACAAGAAGAUGGGUCGUUCCUUGGCUCGCCUUUUCAUGUGCGCUUUGGAAAACUUGGAGUACUACGAAGUAGAGAGAAAAUUGUUGAUAUUAUGAUAAAUGGUGAACCAGUUGAUCUUCAAAUGAAACUUGGAGAUGCUGGUGAAGCAUUCUUUGUGGAAGAGGUAGAAGAGCCUUCAGAACUGCCAAGAGACUUGAUAACGACUCCCAUUCCUUCAUCAACCAGUCUUAUAGAUAAGAUUGAAGAACAAAAGGAUAAGGAAGAAGCCAGCCUGGAAAAUAAAAGUGAAACAACAACAGAUGACCAGAAUGAGACAUUGGAAUCCCCUGCCACACAAGAAUCUAAUAUAAAUAAAGAAUCUGAAAAACUAGAGMCUCCAGAAAAUGAAAAACAAAAGCAAGUUCAAACAGAAAUAUUAGCAAUAAAAAAUGAUAAAAAUAYUGACAUAGAGAAAUCAAAAGACACCAAGAGUGAAGUUGUAGAAACAAAUGAAAAAAUGGAUGAAAAUCAGGAUGACAAAAUAUUAAAUGGAACUGAAGAAACUAUAAAGGAAAGUGACAACCUGGAAACCAAAAAAGAAGAAGAACAAGUAGAAAGUACCUUAGAUGUUGAAAAAGAAGACCAUAUUGUAAAAGAAGAGCCCAAGGAUAGUGAUGCUAGUGAAAAAGCAAUAGAUGUACCUGGACAAAAKCGAAAUACUGAUUCAGGAAACACUUCAGAUGAACUUGAUACAACUGUUACACAGGAAGAUGAACUCAGUCAUUCGUAUUCACAAAGCAUCCCUAUCCCAGGACGACAAGUGGAAAUGUACCCUGAAAGUGAUUCAAAUUGGAUGACAGACUCUACAUCAUUACCCAAAGAAAAUGAGUUUAUCAGAGACCACAGAUACCCAUUGUCUGAUUUAGACUCUCCUAUAGGCACACCUCCAGAUCCAAGGGAUAAGCACAUGCAACACUUGAAGCCAUUCAACCCUCAAUACUGUCUGAGUGACACAGAAGCAGAAAUACAACAAAGUCAAGAUAGUAUCAAUGUUGAUAAUGAAGUAACAUGGGACUGGGGCAAGCUGCCAAAGGGACCAGAAAAUGGAUUUGUCCAAGAACGAAAACUCAGUGAACACAAAAAAGAAGAAACUAGCCAUGGUUAUAGAAGCAAAAGAAAAGAUCCCUACAAAUCCCAUAAGAUUAAAGAAGAGGGUAUUUAUCUAGAUGAUCUCAAUUCUAUUGAUCAAGAARUAGCAGCACUUUACCUCAACCAAGCUUUGACAUCAAGAGAUGAUAAAAUAAAAGGACAACUGGAUUCACAGAUCACUGAAGACAGAGAAUCUGGUAUAGGACAGUCUCUUCCUAGUUCCCCUACAUUAGAUCUUAUAGGCACUAAAUAUCCUGGAUCUGAGAGCACUUAUAGUAACUUUGCAAUGUCUCUCUGUGGAGAUCUCAAAAGUGGAAAAGUUCCUUUAGAGAGUUUUGUCAGUAGCCAGAUAACAUAUGACGACCUGUCAUCCAACCCUACUCUUCUUAACGACCCUAAACUGGUGAUUAGAAUCAAUGACAGAUAUUAUAAUUGGCAGAUUGCAGCUCCAAUGCUAAUGUCUUACCUUAUGUUCCAGAGGCCAUUGAAACAGGAAACUGUUCAGUCAUUAGUAAAACAGCACAUGCCGAAGAAGGAAAAGAGGAGAAGUUAUUAUUGGUUCUCAUGGAGGCCAAACUAUGAAGAACAGUCCUCAGAUGAAGAAUUUGACCUAGUAAAUAACAAACCUGGGCGUCCACGAGCACACAACAACCUCAGAAAACAACACACAACAACACCAGUGAAUGGCUCCUACUCCAACAACGACCUAACACUGAUCACUGAGCCACAUGAAGAAACUAGCAACCAAUGGCAAAGGCAGAGAAAUGUUUCCGAAUGCAGUGGAAAUGAAUCAGAUGUUGCAUACAAAAAGUCUACAAGAUUGAAUUCUGAGAACUUGGCAAAGCUUAAUCUUCAUGAUGGAGCAAAUAGUAUACGUUUUUCAGUUACUACUAAAUAUCAGGGUACAGCAGAGUGUCAAGCUACAAUAUAUUUAUGGAACUAUGAUGAUAGGAUUAUCAUCUCUGAUAUUGAUGGUACUAUUACAAAAUCAGAUGUGCUAGGACAGAUUCUGCCUGUUGUAGGACAAGCUUGGGCACAAUCUGGUGUCGCACACUUUUUUAGCUCAAUAGAUAGAAAUGGAUAUAAACUGCUGUAUCUGUCAGCAAGAGCUAUUGGGCAGGCCCAAUUGACAAGAGACUAUUUAAAGAGUGUUAAACAGGACCAGAUCACCCUACCUGAUGGUCCUCUCUUAUUAUCACCUGCAUCACUUAUCAAAGCCUUCCACAGGGAGGUGAUAGAAAAGAAACCAGAGGAAUUUAAGAUUGCUGCUUUAAGAGAUAUUCAAAGCUUGUUUCCUUGUAAAAACCCAUUCUACGGUGGAUUCGGUAACAAAAUUAAUGAUGUAUUAUCAUAUCGUGCAGUUGGUGUGUCAUCGUCUAGGAUAUUCACAAUUAACCAUAAAGGAGAGGUCAGAAAUGAGCUGAUAACGACCUUCCAAUCCUCAUAUUUACGACUAAGCGACUUAGUGGACCAUAUGUUCCCACCCUACAAAAAGCAUGAGUCCAUGAAACAUUCCGCUCUCGUAGCCCCUGACGAAUUCAGCUCCUUUACGUACUGGAGAAACCCCCUUCCCGAGAUAGACCUGUCUGAGAUUGUAACACUUACGGAACAAGAUGAAACUGCACCUACAGCUUAGAACAAGAAAAAGGCAAGUGAAGAUUUCUUGCGUCUAUUUCCCCUGAACCAAGAAUUAUAAAUAUAAAUGAGCAAUAAUAACAAUAUUAUUAAUAAUGACUAAAUUAAUCUAUACUAUUCAUAUUAAUAUUGAUUUUAGCUAAGAACGUUUGAUUUUUCUAUCACAUCGAGUUAUUUUYAUGAAAAGUCUAUAUUAUAUGAUUAGACUAGUUAAUUCUGGCUUAUUUUUUUGAGAAAUGAAGUGAAGUAAAGACGUUAGAGGUCCAGACUGAAGGAGGUCUGAGAUCGGACCCAAACAUCUUUACAAUGGCUCUUGAAAAAUAAGUCAAAGUCAACAAGUCUAAUUAAAAUUAACUUAAACAUAUCUCAGGGGGGAAAAUAAGUAAGAUCAAAAACACAAUUUGUGCAACCCUCUUCGUAUGUUUGAGUCACUCAGUACCAGUCUCUCGCGCCAGUCCUUCAAGGAAUACAAAACGCUGUGUCUUUUAUUGUGAUAAAAAUUCUGUAUUUCUUAUGGCUUUUACGACAUUCCUGUCCUCUCCCCCAAGGGUUAACUCGAUCGCCUACCCAGAGAGUGAGGGUUGGGCAAAUAGUGUACUGUUAUYGCGUACUAGAUUUUUGCUGGUCAAAAUCUGGGCUCUGGCGAGUCAUUACGCUUAACAGUACUGUACAAGCUUUACUGGAAGAAAAGAUAUUUCGUUUUAUCAAAUUAAUGCUCAAGUUUUUCGGCCUUCUUCGUUUCCCAUUGUAGACCCUUUCCUUGAUGGCAUGCUUUUCUAGACAUGAUUGCUACAAAUAGGCAAGAUCUAUCAUCUGCAAGACAGCUCAGUCUAAUCGUUUAUUCUUACAAAAGAAAAAAAACACCGUGUAAUAUAGCUAUAGUUAACCAAACGUACGAAUAAAAUGUUCUCAAUAUG